AGAAAGAACAGCCGCUCCACUCCAGCUCUAUGAAAAGAGGUUUCAAUUUUUAAGAGCUACAAGCUCUGAAUUUUUUUUACCUCCGCUACCUAAAGUGAGGGAAAUCUCAUGCCUCCUCCGUUUACACUUGGUAUGGUCUGAACCCGGAAGUGCUGAGGAACAACUUAUUUCAAAGUGGAGUUUUGCCCUUUCUUCCGCCCUCACGUGUGAAUUGGAUCGCCUGUUGCACGCGUGCUCAUGAAUAUUCAACGUCUAUGGUAAUGAGGCCCGGGCAGCGUGUAGUGCAGGGGAAGCGAGUUGUAGGGGUCAGCCCAGUGUACCGGACGGCAGAGGGCCCAGGACUGCCAUAGGAGUAGAGCUUAUAGUGAGUACUACACAGCGCUCUGCAUAGGGAGCAGAGCGGGAAGGGCCACACCGCCCCACCACUUCGUUCUCUAACCGGCCAGGCCUCGGGGGAGACAUGGACCCGCCACAAGGAGGAGGAGGUUAUGGAGGGGGACCCCCGGCUCCGGCCAAGAGCACCAAGGACAAGAAGAAGAUGAAGAGCCAGGAAGAGGGAGGAGGAGGAGGGGAGAAGUCCAAGAAAUUUACAUUUAAACGUCUUAUGGUAGAUGAGCUGGAAAGGUUUACAAGUAUGAGAAUUAAGAAGGAGAAGGACAAGCCGUAUAUGUCACACAGGAAUUCUGCCAACUACUCUGACAAUCCCCUUCAGACGCUGCAGGAACUCAAUGAUGAAACUGUGCUGCAAUUGUUUGAGCAGAUGUUGAACGACAUGAAUCUCAAUGAGGAAAAGCAACAGCCUUUACGGGCAAAGGAUAUGAUGAUAAAAAGAGAGAUGGUCUCCCAGUAUCUACAUACAUCCAAAGCUGGAAUGAAUAAGAAGGAAAGCACCAGGUCAGCACAAAUGUAUAUACAAGAAUUGAAAUCUGGACUUAAUGAUGCAAAUCUUCUGGCUUGUUUGGAAUCUCUGAGAGUGUCCCUCAAUAACAACCCUGUCAGCUGGGUACAGAAUUUUGGUGCAGAAGGUCUUUCCUGUCUAUUAGAGAUCCUCCGGAGGCUGCAAGAAGAUAAGUCACUAUCUCGUGACUCUAAAAGUGAGCAUGAAAUCAUCAGAUGUUUAAAGGCUUUUAUGAACAAUAAUUUUGGAAUAAAAACAGUGUUGGAGACAGAGGAUGGAAUCUUGCUUCUGGCAAAAGCCGUGGACCCUGUAGUCCCUGCUAUGAUGGUUGAUGCUUUGAAACUGCUGUCUGCUUUGUGCAUUCUUCCCCAGCCUGAAGACAUGCAUGAACGUGUCCUUGAAGCACUCACAGAGAGAGCAGAGGCGGAUGAGAUGGAACGAUUUAAACCUCUUCUGGAGGGGCUUAAAAGCGGAACACCUGUAGCACUCAAGGUGAGCUGUAUGCUGCUAAUCAACGCCAUGAUCAUCCAAGGAGAUGAGCUGGAUUUCCGUGUCCACAUACGCAGUGAAUUGAUGCGUUCAGGACUCGGUAACUUGUUAAAGGAUCUGGAAACUAUAGAAAAUGAUGAAUUGAAGGUACAGCUUGGUGUAUUCAUGGAGCACUCUGAAUAUGAUGCUGACGACUUACGUGGGCGUUUAGAUGACAUUAAAGUGGAGAUGGAUGAUAUUCAAGAAGUCUUCCAGAUUCUUAUGAACACAGUGAAAGACUCCUCCGCAGAACAGCUGUUCCUCUCUAUCCUGCAGCAUCUCCUACUCAUCCGAAAUGACUAUGAUGCAAGGCCACAGUACUAUAAGCUGGUCGAUGAGAUGGUGUCUCAGGUAAUCCUGCACAAAAAUGGAGCUGAUCCAGACUUUAAAUGUCGACGUGUAAGCCUAGAUAUAGAGGGUUUGAUUGAUCAUUUGAUUGAUAAGAAGAAGGUUGAAAUGAGCGAGUCCAAAGCACGAGAUCUGAUGAAAAAGCUGGAUGUAGAGCUUACUACAAGACACGAGCUCCAAGUGGAAAUCAGAGCAAAGGAAAGUGAAUAUGAACAAAAAUUAACAGAACUUCAGGGGGAGAAGCAAGCCAUAGAUUCUGAAAAACAAGAAGUCCUCACUGAGAAGCAAAAGCUCGAAGCUGAACUUGCACAACUUUCUGAAAAGAUUGAAAAAGUCUCAAAGGAACUUGAAGAUACGAAAAAAGAAAUGGCCAAUAUGUCAACAUCUGUUUUAAUUCCGGGUUUUACUUCAGGCACUGGACCAGGACAAGCUCUCCCACCUCCUCCCCCACCUCCUCUUCCAGGGAAUUUAGUUCCAGGGGGAGCACCUCCUCCACCUCCUCCUCCUCCCCCACCUCCCUUCAUGGGUAUUGGUGGUCCUCCACCCCCACCUCCACUUCCUGGCCAAUUUGGUAUGCCUCCUCCGCCUCCUCCUUUGCCUGGUGGGUCUGUUCCUCCUCCACCACCUUUGCCAGGUGUCAUACCUCCACCCCCACCAAUGCCUGGUGCUGGUGGGGUUCCGCCUCCACCACCUUUUCCAGGAGCCCCACCACCCCCUCCUUUGCCUGGAGGUCCUGGACUGCCGCCACCACCUCCUCCUUUCCCUGGUGGUCCUGGAGUUCCACCACCCCCACCUCCUGGCAUGCUGGGUGGCCCACCUCCCCCCCCAGGUUUUGGAGGUUGGGGGGUGCCUGCAGUUCCUGCCUUACCAUUUGGAUUAGCACCCAAAAAGGAAUAUAAACCAGAAGUACAGCUGAAACGGCCUAACUGGUCAAAGAUUACUCCCAAAGAACUCUCAGAGAAAGCUUUCUGGACACAAGCAAAAGAAGACAGGUUUGAAAAAGAUGAGCUGUUUGCAAAGAUUACCCUCACCUUCUCUUCACAGAUCAAGUCUUCCAAAGCUAAGAAAGACCAAGAUGGAGAGGAUAAGAAAGCUGCACCGAAGAAGAAAAUUAAAGAACUUAAAGUAUUGGAUCAAAAAACUGCCCAGAAUUUAUCCAUCUUUUUGGGUUCAUACCGUAUGCCCUAUCCAGAGAUUAAAAAUGUCAUCCUAGAAGUGAAUGAAGAAGUACUGACUGAAUCUAUGAUUUCGAAUCUAGUGAAGCAGUUGCCAGAAGGAGAUCAGAUUCAGAUGUUAGCGGAAUUUAAAGAUGAGUACAAUGACUUGGCAGAGCCAGAGCAAUUCGGAGUUGUGAUGAGCACAGUCCCACGCCUACGACCAAGGCUCAACGCCAUUCUAUUUAAACUCAUGUUUAAUGAACAUGUAGAAAACAUCAAACCAGAUAUUGUUUCAGUAACAGCCGCAUGUGAAGAGGUACGGAAGAGUAAGAACUUUUCCACCCUUCUAGAGAUCACUCUGCUUGUUGGAAAUUUUAUGAACGCCGGGUCCCGUAAUGCUGGUGCUUUCGGUUUUGAGAUCGGUUUCCUCUGCAAGCUUAAAGACACCAAGUCAGCUGACCAGAAGACAACCUUGUUACACUUCUUAGCUGAAACCUGUGAGCAAGAUUACCCUGAUGUGUUACAGUUCCCAGAUGAGAUGGUUCAUGUAGAAAAGGCCAGUAGAGUAUCUGCUGAAAAUUUACAAAAGAAUUUGGAUCAAAUGAAAAAGCAUAUUUCAGACCUUCAAAGGGACAUUGAGAGCUUCCCGCCUCCGACUGAUGAUAAGGAUAAGUUUGUGGAAAAGAUGACGAUAUUUGUUAAAGAAGCACAAGAACAGUACACAAAACUGUGCAUGAUGCAUGAAAACAUGGCGGCAUUGUUUGAUGAAUUAGGACAGUACUAUGUUUUUAACCCCAAGAAAGUCUCAAUAGAGGAGUUCUUCCUUGAUCUGCACAACUUCCGUAACAUGUUUGUGCAAGCACUGAAAGAAAAUCAAAAGAGGCGUGAGGCUGAGGAGAAGCUUAGACGAGCUAAACUGGCCAAGGAGAAGGCAGAGAAGGAGAAACUGGAGAAACAGCAAAAAAAAGAGAAACAGCUGAUAGACAUGAAUGCAGAGGGUGAUGAAACGGGUGUGAUGGACAGUCUACUGGAGGCCUUACAGUCCGGUGCUGCAUUUAGAAGAAAAAGAGGUCCACGGCAAGCGAACCGGAAAGCUGGCUGUGCCGUUACCUCGUUGCUAGCAUCUGAACUGACAAAAGAUGAUGCGCUUGUGUCAGUAGGUGCUAAGAAGAAGAAAAGAACAACUGAGGAUGAGUUAGUUGAAAUGGAUACAGUUCAUGAAGACAACCAGGAUAUGCUCACUCGGGCAAGUUAACCAGGCAGUGUGAAAUGCACUUUACAAUUCUGAACAUAGGAGAUCUUCCAGGAUCUUUGGAGAAGACUUUUGCCACCAAAGACCCUUUUAAAACUUUUUGUGUCAACAAGGGGAUUUGCAAUUUUAUAUUCAUGUCUGAUUUGUUAUUGACCAUUUAUUGGAGGACAAGUUCUACUAAUCAGUGGUCUUUACUCACUUGAAUGUUUUUUUUAGUGUAAAAUCAUUUUGUGGCAGCAGUUGUUAAUGUCAUCUUGUUAUAUGGUACAGUGUGGUGGGCAUGAUUGAAGUUAAAUCGGCAAGGUAAAUUCCUAAGUGGUCAAGAAGACCUACACGUGUACAGUCCUAGAAUAGAAUUGGUAUCUGUAACCAAAGUAUGAACUAAUGUAAAUACAGUACUGCCUUAAUCUUUUUUUGCUUACCUCUAAAGGAAAGAAUGUUGUCACUGUAAUGACUAUUUUUAUUUAUAAUGGUAUCCUUGUUAUAACCCAGUUUGCUGGAAUCAUUGGGUACACUGGCUGAUCUGAAAGAAGAAUUGAUGUUUACUUUCAUCUCCUAAAAUGCUCAUCCAUUCUGCACAAAAAUGCUGGUUCUACCUUCCGUGAUGUAUUUUCUGCUAGACACAAAUGAAAUAAGCAAACCUCUUCCAAAGUCUAACAAUCGACGCCAUAUUUGUUCUCUACUACUUUCAUUGUCAUGGGAAAGCUCCUUCUCCAUUUACUUUAUGUACAAUAAAGGAUGUGAUCUUUUAGUAAA